CAAUACUGUACCAGUAUCAUCAUACAGGAACCGCGGUGAGCUUGGGCCCAAAAAAAUUGCUGGCGUCUGGUCGGCGACGUAUCGCAGCCCGUGUCAGCGCGCAGCUGACGGACAAUAUCGAGCAUCGAGAGCGACACGCGACCGGAGUGUUGUCGCCGAGCACCAAACAGACGAGCGAGUUCACUAGGGGGAGGCGCGCGGCCCGAGCCAAGUCAAUUGAGGGCCGAGAAGAGCUAUGAGUGUCGCACGACCAGCCGCCAGGAGGCUCCUCUCCGGGCGCCUGGCCGCGCUGCCGGGACUUGCUGCUGCUGCUGCAGGAGGCUGCACUACUGCUGCUGCUGCUGCUGCUGCUCCGUCGCCGUCGAAGCCGAAGUCGAGCCCGUCAUGCGGCCACCGCAUCUUCGCCCACCAGUUCCACAGCUCGCCCCAGCUGUCGGCGAGGCGACGGCCGAGGUUUGCCAGCGUGCGCGCCGCCGACAUGGGCCUGAUGGACGAGAAGCAGAUCGAGCAGUUCACCAAGGAAAAGUUCCCCAAGUACACCGCCGAGGAGAUGGAGCAGCUCAGCAAGCGGUACUCGCCCGAGCAGAUGGCCGCCAUCGAGGCCGGUGAGGCCGCCGUCGACCCGCGCGACCUGACCGUGCAGGGCCGCCUGCGCACCGACCCCUACACGAUGCCCUACAUCGACGACUUCGCCGAGAGCCAGCCGGUCAUCGACAAGCGGCCGCAGAUCCACGACCCGCCGGACCCGCUGGCGCGGUUCAUGGACAUGGACGAGUUCACCGAGGACCUGAUCCGCUGGGCCGACCAGUUCCCGCAGGGCGAGCUGACGGGCAAGCUCAAGACGCUGGCCGAUUUUGUGCCCGAGAAGUACCGGGCGAUACCCGAGCCCGAGUGGCCGGGCGAGGUGCGGGACGAAGCGCACAAGGAGUUCCAGAAGUACAUCGAGGCCGAGGCGAACCGGCAGGCCGACAAGAGAGCCGCCGGCGAGGACGCCGACGGCGGGCCGACCGACGCCGACGUGCUGCAGUACAUCCUGGAGCGGUCCGGCAUGACGGACAACAACCUGGUGUCCAACUCGUCGCUGGCGCACGGGCUGCCGAGCAAGGUGCCCGGCGUGGCCGGCCGGUACAAGAACACGGUCGACCCGGAGGACGAGGGCCUGGACGACGCGGGCUUGUACCAGGAGCUGAAGCAGCGCACCGGCUUUUCGGUGCGCCAGAUCCUGAACCUGAAGACGAAGCGGCUCGUCACGCGGAUGGUGUCGAACCAGACCCGCCUCGGCAAGAUCCGCAAGUUCUCCGUCAUCUACGUGGCCGGCAACGGCGACGGCUGGCUCGGCAUCGGCGAGGCCAAGUCGACCGAGUCCACCGUGGCCGUCAUGAAGGCCCGCCAGCUGGCCAUCCGCAACAUGCGGCCCAUCCGCCGGUACGAGAACCGCACCAUCUACGGCACCGUCGAGGCCAAGGUGUCGGGCACCAUCGUCAAGAUGGCUGCUCGUCCGCCAGGUAAGAAAUCAUCAUUAUCAUUUAUCACUGUUCAUCGUCAUUAUUGUCAUGGGCAAACGCUGACCACGACCGCCCGUUUCUUUUUUCUUUCUUCCAGGCUUCGGCCUCCGCGUGUCGCACCGCAUCUUCGAGAUGUGCCGCUGCGCCGGCAUCCACGACCUCGCCGCCACGAUCCCGCGCUCGCGCAACCCGAUGAACUCGGUCAAGGCGGCCUUCAAGGCGCUGUGCAACCAGCCCGACCCGGAGAAGAUCGCCAUCGGCCGCGGCAGGAAGCUGGUCGACGUGCGCAAGGUGUACUACGGCGGCGCUGUAUAUUAAUCUCUUGUGCUAUAUCCUAUGUGUGACCCCCUCCUCCUCGGCUGUGAGGUGAGGUGUGUGGGUGUGGGUCGCUGUGGCGUGUGUGUGUGGUGUGGUCCGGUAGAGGUAGACGGCCGUGUAGAAUUUUGUGUAUCAACAACAGCGUGGUGCCGGCGUGGUCGUAGCCUCGCUCUAUUUGUCGGCGU